AGAAAUCCAGAAUCGAGAAUGGCAGUUGUAACCAAGCAAACACAAAGCACCACUCGCCAGUAYAGUACCGUAGUACUGCAUUCCGAUUCAAAUUCCGAUAGGAACAAACCACGGGCACAAGCAUUGCGCGAGGUCGGACUUGUUCUGGAUUGUACCGUACGCAGGCCGUGUAGGGGCCAGACCGACGUUUCUCACGCCGUUGUUCUUUCACAUUCACAGACCACACCCAUCACAUCGGAAUGAUCCUUUCUCGUCGGAUUCACAGCGGCUGUGUGGUGCGGAAUGCCGGACGAUUGUACGGAAGACCGAGGCAGCCAGAGAUGCCGGUCCUCGGGCAUCGUGGCACCCGUCGCGAUGGCGAGUUCUGCCAUCGGCUGCAUUCCACCAAGCAACAACACGAGACGGACGGGAACAAAGCGCCGAGCAGCAACCAUGGCGACGAGCAUCGCCACCGCGUUCCUGCCGACCAUGAAAUUUUGUCCACCAUACCCUUCAUGGGAAGGGGUGUGGAAAUCGGACAAUACGGUACGGUGACACGGACCUAUACGAGCGAAGAGGUAGAAUCCUUUGCCCGACUGAUUCGAGAUUUCAACCCUUUGCAUUCGUCGUUGGCUUCCACCGACGAUUUCGAGAACGGCAGCGACCUGCGCGAGGCGCUGGCGGCCCAAGAGCGCUCCCUCGAGGCAGCGGGCCUGGUUCGCCCCGGGUCCACCGGAACAAGCCGGGUCCCCCUGGUGCACGGCGCGCUGGUGUCGACCGUCUUCUCCUCGGUCUUUGCCCACCUGGCGCCCGGCUGUGUCUACCUGCACCAGACCGUCGGCUACGUCUCCCCGGUCUUUGCCGGCGAMRCCACCGUCGGCUGCGUCCGCGUCGAGUCGAUCCGCGACUGGAACCGGGGGAAGCGGCCGCGGGCCAGGGGGGGCGUCGUGGCCCGGUGCUCGACCCUGGUGUACGCGCUCGGGGCACCGGAACCGGGGUGCGCGAACGCCCGUGCGGGACCGGUGCCGGCGACYCUGGCGGUCCGGGGCCACGCCGACGUCUGGCUGCCGAUGGGGCACCGUUCCGAACCCAGCCCGUAACGCGCCGCGGAGGGAAGGAAGGAAUCCAGGUUUCGAUGGACGGACUGCGGAACACAAGGGAGUGCAGCGAACGAGUAUUCUGCGCAACAAGCGCAAGCGCAAGCACAACAGCAGCACAACAGCAGCACAACAGCAGCACCAACCGCGAAAUGGGUGGUGGACUCAGCUCCUGCCAACAGCCAGUAGCUUGUAGCUAUCGCCGUUUGGACCCUAUAGCAACCCGCGAGUUCCUGCUGGGAAACAAAGACAAGAACUCUGGCUCCAAACCAGCUUGGAAUAGAACGGCGCGCACCGCAGAGCUGUCCCACCGAACGUGCAACGAGGACUCGCUCGGAUUGUCUUGUGGCAAAGAAGUUGGCCGCGAGGGGGUGGGCCUUGUCCUCCACGUGCCACACAACCAUAAACCACUUCUGCUUUGGAGGGAGGGUUAUGUUUGGUAGUUUGACAAUAGUACAGGGUUGGCAACAAGUGCGAUUGGUACAUUACUUGUUAUAAGAAGAUUGCUUAUACUUCACGCUGUUACUACUCCGAGUAGUAGUAGAACUGUAUUUUCUCUUGUCUCGAGGGCAAUGGAAGUCGAAGGUGGGGUUUUAGAGUGUGUUGCUGUUUCUACGCUGAAAGAAAUGGAUGCCAUGUUUUGCGGUCACCAACCACCAGAGACCCCUCCCUCUCCGAAGGCAUGCUUGUUGUCGCAUCUCCUGUUUCUUUGCUCCUCGUAGUCGUUGUGGCGCUUUGCAUUUUGUCUUCGCUUGAUCGGUUCAUAUUAGAAUAAGCAAUAAUAAUAAUA